AUGACUGAACCAGUAACGGGUCAGAGUGUGGGCAUCGAUCUGGGCACGACGUACUCGUGCGUCGGCGUGUGGCAGAACGACCGCGUGGAGAUCAUCGCCAACGACCAGGGAAACCGCACGACGCCUUCGUACGUGGCGUUCACGGACACGGAGCGGCUGAUCGGCGACGCGGCCAAGAACCAAGUGGCGAUGAAUGCGCACAACACGGUGUUCGACGCCAAGCGCCUGAUUGGACGCAAGUUUUCCGACCCUGAAGUGCAGUCGGACAUCAAACAUUGGCCGUUCAAGGUGACUCGUGAUGCAGCCGACAAACCUCAGGUGGUUGUGCAGUUCAAGGGCGAGACCAAGACGUUCCAGCCCGAGGAGAUCUCGUCCAUGGUGCUCAUCAAGAUGCGCGAGAUCGCAGAAGCUUACAUUGGUAAGCAGGUGAAGAAUGCAGUCGUGACUGUCCCGGCCUACUUCAACGACUCGCAGCGUCAGGCGACCAAAGAUGCCGGUGCCAUUGCAGGGCUGAACGUGCUGCGAAUUAUCAACGAGCCGACGGCUGCUGCGAUCGCCUACGGCCUGGACAAAAAGGGCGGCGAGCACAAUGUGCUAAUUUUCGAUCUCGGUGGCGGUACGUUUGAUGUGUCGCUACUGAGCAUUGAGGAUGGCAUCUUUGAGGUGAAAGCUACCGCUGGUGACACACACUUAGGCGGUGAAGACUUUGACAAUCGCCUUGUGGAUCACUUUGUCGCUGAGUUCAAGCGCAAGCACCGCAAAGAUAUGUCGUCGAAUCAACGUGCUCUGCGUCGUCUUCGCACGGCAUGUGAGCGAGCCAAGCGGACUUUGUCUACUUCUGCUCAAGCAUAUAUCGAGAUCGAUUCGCUUCUUGAUGGCAUCGAUUUCAACACGACAAUCACACGUGCGAGAUUCGAGGAUCUGUGCGCUGAUUUCUUCCGCAAGACAAUGGAGCCUGUCAGCCAGGUUUUGCGCGACUCGAAGCUGUCGAAGGGUCAAGUGAACGAGAUCGUUCUCGUCGGUGGCUCCACUCGCAUUCCGAAGGUGCAGCAGUUGUUGAUGGAUUUUUUCAACGGAAAGGAGUUGUUCAAGUCGAUUAACCCGGACGAAGCUGUAGCGUAUGGAGCAACUGUCCAAGCUGCAAUUCUGAGUGGCGGUGGAGCAUCGUCGAAGCUGCAGGAUCUCCUGCUGCUGGAUGUAGCACCUUUGUCGCUCGGGUUGGAGACAGCAGGUGGUGUCAUGACCAAGCUCAUUCCACGGAACACAACUGUUCCUGCAAAGAAGUCGCAGUCGUUCUCGACGUAUGCCGACAACCAGCCCGGUGUGUUAAUUCAAGUCUUUGAGGGUGAGCGCGCGCUGACGCGCGAUAACCACCUUCUGGGCAAGUUUAGUCUUGACGGGCUUCCACCAAUGCCGCGUGGCGUGCCACAAAUUGACGUCACUUUUGACGUUGACGUGAAUGGUAUUUUGAACGUGUCGGCCGUCGAGAAGUCAACGGGCAAAGAGAACAAGAUCACGAUUACAAAUGACAAAGGACGACUAUCGCAGGCUGAGAUUGACCGCAUGGUGAACGAUGCGGAGAAGUACAAGGACCAAGACGAGCGCAACAAGCUGCGCAUUGAAGCGAAGAACGGACUGGAGAAUUACGCGUUUUCAUUGCGUACUUCCAUGAGCGAGGAGAAGAUUGCCGCGAAACUCGGCGCCGACGAUAAGAAGGUCAUUGAGGACAAGGUCGCAGAGACGCUGCAGUGGCUGGAUGCAAACCAGUCGGCUGAGAAGGACGAGUUUGAUGCGAAGCAAAAGGAACUUGAAGGCGUGGCGAACCCUAUCAUGCAAAAGCUGUACGCUGCGGAAGCAGGUGCCGGUAUGAGUGGUGGUGCUGGUGGUGCUGGCGGUGCUGGUGGUCCAGGUGGUCCAGGUGCGUCUUUUGGGGCUGGUGAGAAAGAGGGUCCGAAGAUUGAAGAGGUGGAUUAA